AUGGAGGACUUCCAGUAUCUUGAACGACGCAAAUUGUCUGCUAUACGGAUGAAAAUAUGCGCUUGUCGUGAAGCCAAACAUGAAUUAAGUCGGAAUUUCUCACGGUUACAGGUACACAUGAAGUAUGUUGGGAAGGUGCUUGAAUCAACCUUUUCUACGUUCGCCAAAUUCAGUGCGCAUCUCUAUAAACUCCGAAAGGAAAAUAUUCGGGAGCUUUUCCAACGCUUUCUGCCCCUCAAGAUUGCGACUUCCUCUACUGAUCUGGAUAAAAUAUUCGGAACACCAUUGAACAUGGACAGUCGUCUUCUUUCGGUCCCCGAGCCGACCAUCUCUAGUCAUGCUGCUCUGACGCAUAUGCUUUUGGCACAACGUACAAUGGCUCGGAUUCUCGAUAUUUGGAUUCCACUCGAUACCCAAUGUCUGUUUCGCCUUAACAUCUUUGAUGACGACUCGCCUCUCCGAGAUAGCAUCACGCACGUUUACCGCGUAGUGAAUCAAGUCAUCCAACUGAUCUUCGAGGUGGGCGUUAACACCGCCUUCUCCUCGAACUCGCUGAGUUCUCAAGUGGUAUUACCGACGAAGGCACUACUAGAGCAAAAUAGGCCUCUCCUCAAACUUCACCUCCUCGCCGAGGCCUUCCACCACGACCUUAUGAAAGCCCAGGGCGAUAUGUUUUCAUCGAUUGGACACGAAUUUGCUCUGUGUCCUCGAUCUCAUAAAGGCAAAUUUAAUCGCUCAUCAGUUCUGAUUCGUCGAGUUGGUGAAGGUCGUACACGGUCCGGCGUACCUGCUGCCAAGAGACCAACCGUUGGAGGCUGUGUUACCCAAAACCUUACCAAUGACGCAUCGGAGCUUACGUUAAUGGAUUGGGAAAUCAUUCCCCGCGAUGCCUUUGAAUCCUGA